AUGUACGAGGACUCGUGGUACAACUCCAUAUUGGACUUCCAACAGCCACAGGCACAGCAGCACAAAAGGGUCCCGUCUCAAACCUACGCCCAUCGACGCAGGAGCAGCACCCUGCUGCAGCAACCGAACGGGACGAACACGACCAACGGGGGCGUCGAAGACCUCGAGGAGCUGCUGGAAGAGGAUGAUGAAGAAUCCCCUCCCGAGGCAGACCUCUCACGGCGUGCCCAGUCCUUCUCCGAUUUCCACGCCAUCGUGCGCGCGGGGCUCAAGGAAACCCCUCCACAGAAGAGGAGAAGGCGAAGGACGGGAAGAAAGGAGCACAAGAAUCUGGAUGCAUUGGCGUUGCCCGGUAUCGAAAAGGUCAUAGACGAGGACGACGAUAUCCUGCUGGACGCAUACCAAGAUGAGCUGCUGGAUGCCGGCCAGCACGAGUAUACGGUGUACGGGGAGCAGCUGGCGAUGACGGAGAGGCACCUCGACACAUUGAUACAAGAUACGAACAGCGCCCUGGAGCUGCUGGCCUCCCUGUCGGAAUCCUUCCGCGGUGUGGAGGAGCAGACAUCAUCCUUCCAGGCCCAGUGCGAGGACUUGCUGUCAGAGCAGCGGCGUCUGCAGAAGCUAGCCGACGAGGUUGGGACCGACCUGCAUUACUAUGCCUACAUUGACAGCGUCAGCCGGCGGCUGAACGCUCCUGGGGCCGGCCGCUUGGUGGAGGAUGAGUCGUUCGGGGAGGUGCUGGAGAACCUGGACGCUUGCAUCGCUUUCAUGGAAAAGCACCCUUCAUACCGAGACUCCGAGUCCUACCUGGCUCGGUACCAGUCUCUACUGACCAAGGCUCUGCAUUUGCUAGAAGUUGGACUCGAAGCCCGGCUGGAGAGGGUGUCCUCCGACAUAUCCAGGCAGAUCGCAGCGACGCAAUCCGAAUCAGCACGGCACGCUCUCGCCUACGGUCGUUUCGAGGAGAUGAUGCUCGAGGACACGUAUUUCCUCAUUCCAAAUGUGCAGAAGGUGGUGCAUCAAGCAUACGACCCGGAUGGAAACGCCCUCUCUGGUACCAACUCGGAGAUCUACUCCAACACCGCCAACAACAUCUUCCAGGCCUAUAUUGCAGCCCGCGACCGCGACCUCAGGCCCAUCAUCCAGCAUGACCUGGACACCUUCAAAAGGGAGUCCAAAGAUGCCUCCGUCGAGACAGCAUCGAGGAACUUCGUCAAGCAAAGCUUCGAGAGGUCUUACAACGAAGCAAUGCUGUUCGCAAAGAUCUUUGCCGUCGAGCCACACUACAGCACGGAUCCCACGUCUGCCUUUGUCACGCUCAAGUCACACCAGAGGGUCAUGGUCAACGCGACCAACGUUGUUCCCAUCGCGAACAGCUUGCAAUCGGCACUACAGUCAGCGGAACUUCAGACCAUCUGCAACAUACUCGGGUGGAUCACCAAUGAGUAUCUUGUCUCGGACUACGACGAGGAGGAGUCUGCCUUUUCGAGACAUUGCCAGGAACUGGCGGCGCGCUUACUAGCGGAACACCUGUGGUUGUUCACAGAUGCUGCCUUUGAGGCGGAGAUCGGCAAGUCUAUAUCCAAGGUGGCCGUUUUGCCUGAUGCGCUAAAAAUCGGCCCGGUGGUCGACGGGGUCGCCUCGUCAAACGCAUAUCCCCCAGUCAAGCGAGCUCUCGAGCUGUUGGUCAUGUUCGAUCAGUCUAUGCCGAAGGAGCGAUGUCAACGCAAUAGCCCAGUGGUCUUCAAGAUCGUGAAAGAAACGAUCCAGGUCCUGCAACGCGCCGAGGCUCGCAUAAAGACCACCAAGGGCGGCACGGACCCAGACCUCUUCAUGAUCAAGAACCUCCUGAUCCUCAAGAACGAGCUCGUCUCGCUCGAGAUAGGCGACGUGCGCAACCAGGACCCGGGGAUGCAGUACUUCUCCCAGAUCUGGAACAACAUCACGCCGCAGAACCUCGUCGGGUACGUGAGCAGCUUCAUCCCCGGGGCGGCGUCGUUCCUGUCGUCCCGGCUGGGCGGCGGCGCGGCGGCGGCCAUCGCGCAGGCAUCGUCGUCGUCACUGUCGACCGGCGGCGGCGCCCCGGCGGACAGCGGGGACGCGAGCGAGCAGCUGGACGACCUGCUGCGGCGGGCCAUCGGCGCCUUCACGCACCGCUGGGCGGUCCUGCUCGACGACUCGCGCGCCAAGAAGACGGGCGGCAAGAACCUGGCCAAGGUUGAGAGGGACCUCGGGGAGAUGCUGCAGACGGCGUUCAGCAACCAGCCCGAGGUUGUUGGGAAGCUGAACGAGGCUAUCCAGCUGCACGUGCAGUCGUUCAAGAAAUAG